AUGACUAGAAUUGACAUUGCAUAUGUAGUGCAAGUGCUAAGUCAAUUCAUGCACAGUCCCAAACAAUCUCACAUGAAUGCUGCCUUAAGAGUAGUGAAAUAUAUAAAAAAUGCUCCAGGUCUUCGUCUUCUAAUGCCCUCAGACAGCUCUGAAAAAUUUGUGGCAUAUUGUGAUUCUGACUGGGGUGGUUGCUUACAGACUAGAAGGUCAGUCACAGGAUAUUUAGUGAAGUUUGGCAAUGCUAUAGUGUCCUGGAAGUCAAAGAAACAAGAAACAGUAGCUAGAAGCUCUGCUGAAGCAGAGUUUAGAAGUAUGUCUUCUGUUGUGGCUGAACAAAGCUGCUAUUCAGAUCGCAGCAAAUCCCAUUUUUCAUGA